GACUAUGACGCUGUGUUGGUGUACGCGACGCUAUUGGCGUGUUUUAUACGUGAGAAAGGUGAGACAGUGCUAGUGUAUUCUCAUUGGUGCGGCGGCAAGCGGCGUUAACACGUUCCCCGUCAUCCAGUUGGAGGCCCAGCACGCAGUCGAGCGUCGUUCGUUGCUCGGGACGGACGGGAGUGUUUUCGUUCGAAGCUUCAUUGUACGAAUCGUGCACGUUCCCUUCAAUAGCCGCGCGUGUCUCUUACGUAUUGUGGUGUUAUCCUUGUGCUCUCUGAGGUCUUAACGAGUGUAUUUCAUAUUUUGUAUGUACUCGGAGGAUCGUCGGCUUGUCAAAAUUUGGAGGUUAAGUGUGGUGCAUCGAGAAUGCGCGUGAAGUUGCAGAUAUCCGUGGAAAAAUUUUAACGGAGUUCAUAACGCGUCAAGACUCUAAUAUAUAGUGUGUUUUGACUAGCGAAGUAUUUGUCCGCGGAAUGCAGUGGAAAAUGAAGAAGUAGAAGUUUCUUAGUUGUUGACACGAUACGUACACGGAAUUCGACUGGUGGGAAGGAAGGAAAAACGUUGAUUUACAGGAAUUAUAGAUGUAACUGUAAAUGUCUCGGUGAAAUCGACAGGACGAAAUUUUCGCUCGAAGUUUGGCCGAGUGUCGGUGGUGAAAAUAAAUUUGAAACAGUAGUAAUGAGUUUAUACCGGGUGCGUAAGUGAUUCUCAUGAAGUGACACUGAAGAAGAAGAAGAGAAAGAAGAAAGGGACUGAGAAGAAGGAUUUCGUUACGAAUUAUAUACCAUAUAUACACACAUACUACAUGUAUAUAAAGACAUAGAGGAUUACGCGGUAAAACGUAGUGUGUGAGAAUGAAUUUUCUGUUCCGUUUACACCAGUGAGGAUACGUGAUGCGAUAAAUUGGAAAAGCUUUAAAAUUUUUGGACCUUAAUGGUGACGAGGUGGGGGCAAAGGGUGAGAAAUUCCUUGAAGGUAAAUUCUGUCAAGAUGAAGUGACGGUCUGCCAAAGUUGACAGCCGAACCUGGAAUACUCGGUGGUGGCAAACUUUGUGACACGAUUAAGAUGUACCCCGCACCGGCGAGACAUCCAGCCGCUCCCGGUAGCGGAGGAAGCAGUGGGGCUGCGGGAGGGCUCAAGUUCACGGUGGCUGACACUUGCGAGAGAAUCAAAGAAGAAUUCAAUUUCAUCCAGCAACAGUACCACUCGCUGAAACUCGAGUGCGAAAAGCUGGCUAGCGAAAAGACUGAGAUGCAGAGGCAUUACGUUAUGGUAAGAGACUUUUACUACGAGAUGUCAUACGGCCUUAACGUGGAGAUGCACAAACAGACGGAAAUCGCGAAACGACUGAACGCAAUCAUCGUGCAGGUCCUGCCGUUUCUUGCGCAAGAGCAUGGCUUGCAGCAUCAACAGCAAGUGGCGAACGCGGUGGAGAGAGCCAAACAAGUCACUAUGACGGAACUCAAUGCGAUUAUAGGGCAACAACAGCAGCAGGGAUUACAACAACUUUUGCAACAAAUCCACGCACAGCAAAUACCUCACGGAGCCGUGGUAGGAGGAUUGCCACCAGCGGGUCUUCUUGGAUUUGCCGGGGCGGCUGCGGCGGCAGCCGCAGCCGCGGGCGUUCCGCCGCACCUUGCGCCACCGUCGCAUCCUGCGGCCGCCGCCGCUCAGGCACAGGCGCAGGCACAGGCUCUCUUGAAACCGGUAGACCUUCAGCAUCGAGGAGCCGUCGAAACGCCCGAGGAUCGAAAACCCAUCGCGUUGACGGACGAGAGGCUAAGACGCUCGGUCUCGCCCGCGGAGAAAUUCAGGACACGGACGCCUGACAUCGAGAGCGACUCCAAGCGGCGAAAAGAAGAGAAACUUGGUCACGAUAGCGACGGCGAAAAGAGUGAUCAGGAUCUGGUGGUCGAUGUGGCGAACGAGGAACCGCCGUCUCCCCAUGCGAAUGGAGAACAUUCAGACCCCCGAGAGAACGGGACAUUGGAUAAAUUGGUGGGUGUCCCUGGUCAUGGCGGCGGACCCUCUUCCGGUUCCGGGCCCACCUCGACGAAGGACAGGCCACCCUCUCGAAGUGGCAGUUCUUCGGCUCGUAGCACGCCCUCUCUGAAAAGUAAAGAUGUCGACAAGCCGGGUACUCCUGUAGCGGCAACAGCGGCGUCGGCGGCAGCGGCGAGGGGCUCUCGCAGCUGUACCCCAACUUUGGGGGGCAUUCCUGGCCCCUUGGCGCCCCGGGGCUACCACCCGCCAUUAUCGCAGCAAACACCCCCUCAGGGCUAUCAGGGCUUGCCAUCCCGAGGCAAUGAGCCACCCCAAUCACCCUCGUCCUACAACAAUUUGUCCUACGCCAGGCCAUCGAUGCUCGGAUUCGAUGGCCACGUGAGGGUCCCUUCCAGCAAUGGGCUGAGCAGCAUACCCGGUGGUAAACCGGCAUACUCCUAUCACAUGAACGGAGAGGGUCAGCUGCAGCCCGUUCCCUUCCCUACGGAUGCCUUGGCCGGUUCUGGAGUGCCUAAGCACGCAAGACAAAUAAACACGCUGACCCACGGCGAAGUGGUCUGUGCAGUGACUAUCUCAAACCCCACGAAAUACGUGUACACGGGUGGCAAAGGAUGCGUAAAGGUCUGGGACAUCGGUCAGGGCGGCACAGGGAACGCGAAGCCGGUCUCCCAGCUGGACUGUCUCCAGAGGGACAACUACAUCAGAUCAGUGAAGCUGCUACCAGACGGAAGAACCUUGAUCGUCGGCGGCGAAGCAAGCCAAUUGAGCAUCUGGGACCUGGCAAGUCCCACGCCACGUAUCAAGGCGGAAUUGACCUCCUCAGCACCUGCCUGCUACGCCCUGGCGAUCUCCCCGGAUUCCAAGGUCUGCUUCAGUUGCUGCAGCGACGGGAACAUCGCGGUCUGGGAUCUUCAGAAUCAGACGUUGGUCAGGCAGUUCCAAGGUCACACGGAUGGCGCCUCCUGCAUCGACAUCUCCGCCGACGGUUCGAAACUCUGGACCGGCGGCCUGGACAACACCGUUCGCUCCUGGGACCUUCGCGAAGGUCGUCAACUUCAGCAGCACGAUUUCACCUCGCAGAUCUUCUCCCUAGGGUACUGUCCAACUGGCGAGUGGUUGGCAGUCGGCAUGGAGAAUUCAAACGUUGAGGUACUUCACGCAACGAAGCCUGAUAAGUACCAGCUUCACCUGCACGAGUCCUGUGUCCUGUCGCUUCGGUUUGCUUCAUCCGGGAAGUGGUUCAUCUCCACCGGCAAGGACAACCUGCUCAAUGCAUGGCGCACGCCGUACGGAGCCUCGAUAUUUCAGUCGAAGGAGUCCUCGUCGGUGCUGAGCUGCGACAUCUCCACGGACGACAAGUACAUCGUGACCGGUUCCGGCGAUAAGAAGGCAACAGUCUACGAAGUGAUUUACUAGAGUUCGGUUAGGUAGAAGCCCUGUAUAUUUUUUUUUCUCAUCAGACCAGUGACCCUCCCCCAAUGUAAUUCCACUCUCGUACCUUAUACAUCCUCCGGGUACCGUGUUCCCUUUCAUCCCUUCGUUCCCGAUCCGCAGUGUCACUGGCGCGAGAGACGCGCACGAGACCCGACAGCCUUAACGAUAUAUCACGCAAGAUUGUAAAUAGUGAAAGCGACAGCGUGGCGUCUCCUAGCGGAGGACGCAGCAAGACUGAGGGACGCCGUGUACCAUUGGGAGAAAAAAAAGGGGGGGCGAGUGCGCGCUUUUUUUGUACAGUAAACGAUAAAUGUGUUUAUAAGAAACGGCCGCUUGUGGACGUCACAUGUGAUUUACCUGCACGUGAGAAACAUUGUAAGAAGGAAGAUUAAAGGAAAAACAAAAAUAGAAUCAACGUGACAGAGGGGAAGUGACACGGGUGGGGUGGGUGAAGUUUUUGUCACGAAUUUACGUACACGUAAAUGUGUGUACAUAAAACGGACCUCUUCUUGUAUAUUGUGCUAUCGUGUGAUUGGGUGGGACGUCAAGCACGACGCUCGUCGUCGUUCUCCCUCCCUCCCCCCCUCUCCUCCCGCCCCCACAAGUGUAUACCAUAUGCAUGUACUUUCAUUUUGUUAACGCACAAACGGUUUAGGAAUUAAGUAAGCGAUUCGUUAAGUCAAUGUGAAACUCUGUACAGACAAGUUGUAUAUCUCGAUUGUACACGCAGGCGCUUUGGUGCUCCUUCGUCGGCUUGACGUUUGCAUAUGUAAAGUAUCCGCGAAAUAGAAGAAAAAGAAAAGCAGACUAUUUCUCUACCUUUAGACAGAAGGACGGGUACGAGUUGGUCGGAACGGAUGUUAAAACGCAUAGAAUGUAAACGUUCGUCGAGAAAAGUCAGUCAGUCGUCUCAGUCAGUCAAUAAGUACGACCCUGAAAACAUAUGUUCUUCGCCGCUUCGCUCGUAGUUCCGUUUCCUCCCGAAGUGUCAGCUCGGUCGGUAACUUGCAUCGCGCGAUCCGUUCUUUAUCGAUAGUUCAGAAUAAAAAAGACAAAAGGACCCAAUGUAUUAACGAUAAAUUAUAUAUUUAUUACCCGACGUAGCGACGCUAAACGCGAGUUUCGCGUCAUUGUUCUACCACGAUCUAAGUAGUUUAUACGACGAAUGAUAUUACGGUUUUAUUUAUUAUCCUGCAAUCGAGCCAGUCACUCAGUGUGCAAAAUAAAUCAUUUAUGCCGAGGA